GUGAUCCUGCAGAGCUCCACCUCCUGUGACUCACACCAGGAAAUACAGCUUGUGACGGCUUCUUACUGACGAGGAACAAAAAGCAAUAAAAGUCAGACUUGCACUGACAAAGAGAAACGCUGCGAGCUCUGCCACGUGAACAACGAUCACAUUGAAAGUAACUUUGAGGCUUUGCUGUGUUUUUCUGCUUCACUCGGAGGAAAAUGGAUUCCAGGUCAGAGGAGGAUUUCUGCUGUCCCGCCUGCCAGGACAUCUUUAAAGAUCCCGUCCUGCUGUCGUGCAGCCACAGCUUCUGUAAAGCCUGUCUGCAGAGCUGGUGGGCGGAGAAACAACUCCAACAGUGUCCAGUGUGUCGGACUGUGUCUCAGAGCAGCGAGCCGCCUCAUAACUUGGCGUUGAAGAACCUGUGUGAGGCCUUUCUACAACAGAGAGGUCAGGGGUCGGUGACUCUCUGCAGUCUGCACUCGGAGAAGCUUAAACUUUUCUGUUUGGACCAUCAGAAGCCAGUGUGUGUCGUGUGUCGAGAUGCAAAAAGGCACACCGGGCACAGGUUCAGACCCAUCGAUGAAGCUGCGCAGGAUCACAGGGAGGAGCUCUGCGUCUCCCUGAAACCCUUACAGGACAUGUUAAAGCUUUUUACUGAAGCUAAAGGGAAGUUUGAUCAAACAGCAGGACACAUGAAGGUCCAGGCCCGACGCACAGAGACGCAGAUUAAGGAGCAGUUUAAGAAGCUGCACCAGUUUCUUGAAGAGGAAGAGGAGGCCAGGAUGGCUGCUCUGAGGGAGGAAGAGGAGCAAAAGAGUGUGAUGAUGAAGGAGAAGAUGGAGGCUCUGAGCAGAGAGAUAGCAGCUCUUUCAAACACAGUCAGAACCACAGAGGAGCAGCUGAGAGCUGAAGACGUCUCAUUCCUGCACAACUACAGGACUGCAGUGCAGAGAGUCCAGCUGCAGCGCCCCCUGCUGGAGGCUCCACAGCUGCUCUCAGGACCUCUGAUAGACCAGGCCAAACACCUGGGCAACCUCACCUUCAACAUCUGGAACAAGAUGAAGGAGAUGGUCUCCUACUCUCCUCUGAUUCUGGACCCAAACACUGCUGGUACAGAACUCAUCCUGUCCAAAGAUCUGACCGGCGUGAGGCAUGGGAAGAUACAGCAGCUUCCAGAAAACCCAGAGCGGUUUGUGUACUGGGAUUCUGUCCUGGGCUCAGGGUUUAACUCGGGGACUCACAGCUGGGACGUGGAGGUUGGAGACAACCAAGACUGGGAGCUGGGCGUGUUAGCGGAGUCUAUUUGCAGGAAGGGGUUUGUGGGGUCCACAGUUUGGAGCAUGAACUUCAACGAUCUUGGAUACAGAGCGUUUUCCCCGACGCAUAAAUACACCAACCUCCCAUUGCAGAAAACGCUCCAAAGGAUCAGAGUGAAUCUGGACUGGGACGAUGGAAAGCUGUCGUUCUGUGAUCCUGAUACUAACACACACAUACACACCUUCACACACACCUUCACUGAGAAAAUGUGCCCAUACCUUUGCAACAGGAGUGCACUCCCUCUGAAAAUAUUGCCUGUAAACGUCUCUGUAAUGGUGCAAAGUUAGACAUAAACGUUUCCUAUUUGUAAAAUAAAAGUCAAAUUCAAUUAUU